AUGGCGUCGCCUAUGCCGACCCAAUCUUCGACUGGCUGGAGCAACCAAGGGCAGGCGAUGCCUCCAUCACAGAAUAGUGGUGACGAUUCGGGCGUUCAAAUUCGUCCCGUCGGUCUCAAGGUGCUAUACAAGUUCAAUCACGAUGACAGGUUCGACUGCCUUGCGAGACCAAGCCAGACGUUCAGUCUGCAAACAAUAGCCUUGGAUGAGAGAACGACGAUUGGCGUGGUUGAUUUACGGACAUGCAUUCAGGCGGUCAUCGACUGUAGCCCAGAGCUGCCUGGGAGGGAAUGCGACUUCACGAUAUACGCACACGAUUAUUCGGAACCGGACACUCCUCUCGUCGGCCAGGGCAUGCUCUCGACGGCGCUUCAAUCCUUGCAGCAGGACUCGAAUGCGCAGCCCAAGAUGGUGACAGGGCUCCUGACGAAGAACAAAUUGGGCCUUUUGAUGGGAAAUGCCAACAAGGAAACUCUGGAAGUCAAAAUCAAGUUCACAGAGACACCCAGGCCGCAGCAACAGCAACCGGUCCAGUAUCACCCUCUGCCGCAAAACCCAAGUCAACAGUCGAAUCAAUCACAGAGUCAGCACGAGGCAUAUCACCCAGCGAACAAGCCUCUUGAUCGAUCGUUGACGCCUACUGGCGCCGCUGAGUGGAAUUCGUUUGUGCAAGCGAACCCUCAGCUCGGUCAAUCAACUCAUUUCUCAGCGGCUGUACCUCAGCCACGAGGACGACCACCGCACUCAAGAACGAACUCGUUUUCCCACUCGCCUCUGCCACAAUUACAACCUCAACCCUCGUUCGAAAGUCACACUAGACCGGGGACGGGGAAUCUCAAGAUUGCCCCAGCACCCGCCGAGAGCGAAGCCUCAUCAAGGCCCAUCGAAGCAAAUGCUGGUCCAGUCUCGCGACCCUCUAGUAGGGCAUCCAACAAGGCCCCGCCCAAGCCAAGAGGCCGGACAGGCAGGCCUCGAGGACGACCACCGCGCAACAAGAAACCAGUGGAGGGCAAUACGUCUGGGUGCGAGGAAGCAACAGAAGGUGAAGACGGACCUGCGAAGAAACGCGCCAAGACGACAAAGGUGGAUAUGGUCACUGGAAACCCUUUUGGCAGUGAGCCAGACUCUCUCAGGGUAGCUGCGAGCACUUCGGGGUCAUUGCGCAACUUCCGGCCGAUUGCGCAACGCGGGAGCGAAGGUCCUACUGGGCCAAGCCACUUGCAAGAGAUUCCCAGGGCGCCUACACCGGUACCCAUGGGGCCUUUACGCGGAGGCAAAGGUGCCAAGAAGACUGCUCCUUCACAGUCAGCAAUAGGACGUGAAGCUUCUGUACCGCAGCUUUCUCCACGGGGCCAGAGACUUCGACAGAUAUCCCCUGGCCAGGAUGAUGGGCGCUCGCCAGACUCGAUUGCGGAGACUGCAGUGCAAACGCCAGCCUUUUCGGAAACCAGUCCACCUGAUAUUCGCUCUUCGCCGCCUGUUCCUCGCACUCAGUCUUUUUUGCAGUCGAGUCCCCCGCCCUCGAGCCCGGUGCUCCCACCGAUGCCCAUGGAGCCGUCCCAAAAUGAGGGUCCGGGGGACGCAGAUGACGUGCUCAGCGAACAUAAAUCGCAACCCCAGACUGCGAGACAGAGGAAGCGGAAGCCGAGGGUUCCAAAGGGCACACUGGGUGGGCCGAGACCUGCCGCUCAGAUCCCUUAUCAGGUGUUUCGCAUGGAGGACGGGCCGGAUGGAAGCCAAGACAUGGUGCACGUUUGCAACUAUGGGACACCCGAGCCAACAUCGGCCCCGGCAGUGCCGCCAUCUGAUGGCCUGCCACAGCCAGCAGUUCACGCUGCCAAGGCCAUCACUGCUGCCCGCACUCGUCAGACUGACGCCUCGAAGAAUGCCCAAGCGCUGCCGAUGGGCCCAACUCCGCCUAACACUACGGAUGCCAUCGAGAAACCAACAAGUCCACCGCUGCCGAUAGAUCAGGACCAGCCCGCCGCGCAACACGAGCCUGCCAACCCUACGCCUGACCUGGCCUUCCAGUCGCAACCAAGUCAGAGUGAGGCGCAGCAGCCCUACUUCACCCGUUUACCAGACGCAGAGCUCGGAGCGUCAACCAAAGAUGUGCAACCACAAGUGCCCAGCCUCUUGCCGAGCGUUGAACAUGCUUCCAAUGAAACAGCCCUUGCCACGAAUCCGGCCACAUCUACCGAGCAGGCUGCUCGUGAGCCAGUCCCUGUGGUUGGUACAGACGCCCAGCCCAUGCCUCCACAGGAAACUGCUCCUACAUCGACAGCACCGAAGCCAAGAACCAAAGCACCACCAAAGCCGAGAAAACUGGCCAGGUCACAGUCGGCAGGCAAUCUGGGGUUACCGAAUGUGCCUGCGAGUGAACCUGUGGGACCUUCAAGCCUGUCGCAAUCGAUAACCGGCGAGAGUGAUCAGGUCCUCUCAGUCGGCGACCCUUCAACUCUACGCAGAGCAAAGUCAUCUGGUCCCACUGAUGUCCCAGUGCCAGCAAGCGAUCCUGCUGGUCCCGCAUCAACCCAAGCCGCAAUGACACCAUCAUUUGCGCUCGCGCUUCCUGAAAUCCCGCCUUCAACGGCAGAUGGUGCGACCUCGUCGCAGGAGGAGAAGACCAAUAAGAAUCUCGUGAAGAAGACGGCUAUCAAGCAGAGACUGGAGGCCGCCAUUCGCAAGGGCGAAAUGCCGCCGUAUUGCAGCAACUGUGGCGCUAUCGAGACCCCGACAUGGCGCAAGAUUUAUGGUCAGAACUACGAGGGAUUGGUGGCCCCUCACCACAAUCCCGAAGAGUACUCGUCUAAGCCUGGAAUGGUAACGACGGUUGAUGUGGUCCGCGCCGCGACUGAGGGAAAGGCUGGACUCUACCGUGUCAUCAAGAAGAAUCUUGGUCCGAAUGACGACAAGUCGGCAUGGCAUGAACUUUUGCUGUGUAAUCCCUGCGGCAUCUGGCUUGGCAAGACCUUCAAGCUUCGACCUCAGAACCGAUGGGAGGGCGACGCUGCUCGCCUGGGACAGAAGAGAAAGAAGAAGUCAUCUUGUGACGUAGUCAACUCUCGCCCGGUCAAAUCCCGUACCAAGAGCGACGGGCUGAUGAUGCCGACGUCUGAAGCAUGCUUCCCAACUACGGAUGCCAUUGGACCCGACGACUUCUGGUCGCCCUCGGCCGGGAUGACAGAUCAAAUGACCAUCGACCCAGCGCUGGUAAGAGAGCGUACGGCAGACAGCAUGACGCAGAGUUUCGACGCGGAAGCUACGCUUGAGCCGCGAUCUACCCAUUCGACUGCGACGGAAACUGCCAAAAGCCUCACGCAAACGGAGGCUGCUAUGGAUGCGGCGAUGGGCACGACUAAGCGACUCCUGUUUCCCUCCCCACGAAAGGACCAGCCGUCCAUGGCUCUGGGUGAAGUGGACAUUAACAUUGUGCAGACUGUUUCCGAACACCGUCUCGCGAAGGACAGUCCGCUCCAAAAGGAGAACCUCACGGCGACGACGACGCCUAGGGCUAGCGAAAGCUUUGACGACUUGGAGGACUUGUUCAGAAGCCCUUUGCCCCCUCGCCCAACAACGCCGUUAAAUAACGGCAAAGCAGCGGCUCCCACGACACCAUUCAAAACACCGACGCGGGCGACGUCAAGUCACAGGCCGAUCACUAGGAGUGUAUCGCGGUCUAUCAAGUCGAAAGAGACGAUGCUGGCGUCGCCCUCGCUCACCUUCAAAAGAACGCCUUCCCGGACCCCAAGCAAGCCAGUGCUAGACGACAUGGCGUUACUGGCGACGCUGAGCAAGCAAGCACACGAUGGGUGUGAAGGCAACGCUAUGGACUUUGACGAGAGCAUCUUCGAUACGCCACUGUGCCGCGCUGUCAACCAGAUGCUGUCCGAAUCCAACUUUGGGAUGCAUGAUGAUGACGGAAUGGACCUGAUCGACGUCGACAUGAACGCGCCGGACUGGGCCAGCUUCAAUACCAUCUUCAGCACAGAUGCGCCUCUGCCCAGUUCGCCGCCCAUGAAGGCCUUUCCAGGCCAGGUGGAUCUGAGCUUUGAGGCACAGGCACAAAUGUCCGAGCCUUGGAGCAUGGACCAGAUGGAUGAUGCCGAGGAUGAUGCUUAG